AUGUCUGCGCCAUGCGAAAAGUGUUCAUGGCUCCCGUUUUUGCUGAUUUCAUCACCGGUUACAUAUACAUAUAUUAAUUUUUGUGUUUUUGUCUUGCAGCUCCAUGACUUGUCGUCGCAAUUUUAUCUCACGGAAGCCGAUAUUGGAAAGAAUCGUGCGGAGGCCUCUUGCGCCCAGUUGGCCGAGUUAAACAGCUAUGUGCGCACCGUUUCGCACACGGGUCCGCUUACCGAGGAGUUCCUGCGCAAGUUUCGCGUUGUGGUGCUCACCAACUCCGAUGGGGAGGAGCAGCAGAGGAUCGGCAAGUUUGCCCAUGAAAAUGGCAUUGCUCUGAUCAUCGCCGAGACCCGGGGAUUGUUCGCCAAGGUGUUCUGUGACUUUGGUGAGAGCUUUACCAUUUACGACCAGGAUGGCACACAGCCGAUCUCCACCAUGAUAGCUAGUAUAACGCACGACGCACAGGGAGUAGUCACCUGCCUGGACGAGACGCGCCAUGGCUUUAAUGACGGCGACUACGUCACAUUCUCGGAGGUGCAGGGAAUGCAAGAACUGAACGGCUGCCAGCCUCUUAAGAUCACAGUGCUGGGACCCUACACCUUCAGCAUUGGGGACACCAGCAAGUUUGGAGAAUACAAGAGCGGCGGAGUUGCCACCCAGGUGAAGAUGCCUAAGACCAUCAGCUUUAAGUCCCUGGCACAGGCCUCUGAGGAGCCGGAGUUCUUGAUAUCCGAUUUCGCAAAGCUGGACUCGCCGGCCACUCUGCACGUGGCGUUCAAUGCCCUCUCCUGCUACCGCAAGGCCCAUAAUGGAGUCUUGCCGCGUCCCUGGAACGAGGAGGACGCCAAUAGCUUCCUGGAGGUGGUCCGGGCCAGCAGCAGCGCGGAAGUCGACGAAAAGCUGGUGCUGCAAUUCGCUAAAAUCUGCUCGGGCAACACGUGCCCGCUGGACGCGGCCGUUGGUGGAAUUGUGGCCCAGGAGGUGCUCAAGGCCUGCAGCGGAAAGUUCACACCUAUCUACCAGUGGUUGUACUUUGACGCCUUGGAGUGUCUGCCCACAGAGGGUGUUGAGGAGGCGGAUGCCCAGCCCGUUGGCUCGCGCUAUGAUUCUCAGAUUGCCAUUUUUGGCAAGAAAUUCCAGGAAAAGUUGGCUGACUCUAAAUGGUUUAUUGUCGGCGCCGGAGCCAUAGGUUGUGAGCUGUUGAAAAACUUUGGAAUGCUGGGCCUGGGAACUGGCAAGGGACAGAUUUUCGUCACAGACAUGGAUCUCAUUGAGAAGUCGAAUCUGAACCGGCAAUUCCUGUUCCGGCCGCACGACGUCCAGAAGCCAAAAUCAAUGACGGCCGCUGACGCUAUUAAACGGAUGAAUCCGGAAGUAAAUGUGACCGCAUACGAGUUGCGCGUUGGCGCAGAAACGGAGAAGGUAUUCUCCGAAGACUUCUUUGGAAAGCUGGAUGGUGUGGCCAAUGCGCUGGACAACGUGGAUGCUCGCAUAUAUAUGGAUCGCAAAUGCAUUUUCAACCGCAUUCCGCUGGUUGAGACCGGAACUCUGGGAACUUUGGGCAACGUUCAGGUGAUUGUGCCCUUUGCCACCGAAUCGUACAGCUCCUCCCAGGCCCCAGAGAAGAGUAUUCCCAUCUGCACGCUGAAGAACUUCCCCAAUGCCAUCGAGCACACUUUGCAGUGGGCGCGUGACGCCUUCGAAGGCGUUUUCAAGCAAUCUGCAGAAAACGCUGCUCAGUACAUCGCUGAUCCUCAAUUCACCGAGCGAAUCGCCAAGCUGCCAGGUAUUCAGCCUCUGGAUAUCCUUGAUUCUAUCAAGAAAGCCCUGAUCGACGACAAGCCCAAGAGCUUUGCGCACUGCGUAGAAUGGGCCCGGUUAUAUUGGGAGGAUCAAUACGUUAACCAGAUUAAGCAGCUGCUCUUUAACUUCCCACCCGAUCAGAUCACCUCCAGUGGUCAGCCGUUUUGGUCUGGUCCCAAGCGGUGCCCAGAUCCCCUGGUUUUUGAUGUCAACGAUCCCAUGCACCUCGACUUUAUCUACGCGGGGGCCAAUCUCCGAGCGGAGGUCUAUGGUAUUGAACAGGUUCGCAAUCGCGAGACGAUCGCAGAGCUGGUGCAGAAGGUUAAGGUGCCUGAGUUUAAACCCCGUUCGGGCGUGAAAAUCGAGACCAAUGAGGCAGCAGCUGCCGCCUCGGCCAAUAACUUCGAUGAUGGAGAGUUGGACCAAGAUCGCGUCGACAAGAUCAUUUCGGAGCUGCUGAAGAACGCCGACAAAACCUCUAAAAUCACGCCACUAGAGUUUGAAAAGGAUGAUGACAGUAACUUGCACAUGGACUUUAUUGUGGCCUGCUCAAAUCUACGCGCUGCCAACUACAAAAUUUCGCCAGCGGAUCGCCACAAGUCCAAGUUGAUAGCUGGCAAAAUCAUACCUGCUAUUGCCACCACCACGUCGGUGCUCUCUGGCUUGGCUGUGCUCGAGGUGAUUAAGCUGAUCGUCGGUCACCGUGAUCUCGUAAAAUUUAAGAACGGCUUUGCCAACCUUGCACUGCCGUUCAUGGCCUUCUCUGAACCGGUCCCUGCCGCCAAGAAUACAUACUACGGCAAGGAAUGGACGCUGUGGGACCGCUUUGAGGUGACCGGCGAGCUCUCGCUGCAGGAAUUCCUCAACUAUUUCGAGGAGAAUGAGAAGCUUAAGAUCACCAUGCUCUCACAGGGCGUGUCCAUGCUGUACUCAUUCUUCAUGCCCAAGGCCAAGUGCUCCGAGAGACUGCCGUUGCCCAUGUCGGAGGUCGUGCGUCGCGUGUCCAAGCGUCGCCUGGAGCCGCACGAGCGGUCCCUGGUUUUCGAGAUCUGCUGCAACGAUGUUGACGGCGAGGAUGUGGAGGUGCCCUAUGUCCGUUACACCCUGCCCUAAGCCCCUAUAUAUUCCUAAUUUAAACAUUAAAUUAUUUUACGAUCCCGUUUUGUUGUCGGUGACGCGUUUUGGAAUCGCGCAGCUCCAACGCAGGAGUUACUGUCUAGCUGUUUGCAUUUUAAUUUUCACAACACCAUUACGAGGAACAGCCCAGAUCUAGAAAUUAUAUAUAAUGUGUGUGAAUCCUCUAAGGAAUGGCAAAAUAUUACGCAUCAUACGAAAUACAAAGACUCGACUAAAAGCAACAUUUUAACUGCAUCUGAUGAAACUCUCUGCUCAGCAUAGUUGUAAAGGUAACGAAUUACGGAUAACUGAAAGCGGAUUUUAAUCGCAUUGAUUAAUUGGAAACUGAAUGAGCCAGGCGGAAAAUUUCACUUCACUCAUAUAUUUUUUUUAUAUGAAAGCAUAAACUAAUUACGUCAUUGUAUUAAAAAGGAGUAAAGCAAAUGAAUAAAGCUGUAUCAUAUAUGGUAA